GAAAAUUUUGGAUAGUUAAAAAAAAUCAUAAAAAUCUUAUUUUAACUUAAUUGAGAGUAAGUUUCGAAACUCUAUUUAUGCGUGAACAUGUAAAUAACAUUAAAAGGAUUUUGAAUUAACAGUUCGGUUUAACAUUUCUCCCCGAUUAAGACUUUAAAUAGCAAAUAAAGAAAAGUGCCAAGUGAAAAAAAAAUUUUAAUUUAUAUAUCUUUUUCCUGUUCUUUCUUCCUCGUUCUCAUCUCGACUUAUGAACAGAUUGACCGCUGACUAUAUCAAAAAGAAUCAAAGAAUACGCUUAUAAAUAAUGGAUUAUUAUAUAUUUAAAUGUAGUUUAAUUAUCAUUAAUUUUAAUGAGGUAAUUUUUUCCUUUCUUUCUUUAUUUUAAAAUAUAAAGUAUGUAUGCAGGAAGACAGUCAACAGUUUAAGACUAUUUUCUUUCUUUCUCUUUCCAUUUUUUCCCAACAUCGUCAUAAACUAUUAUUUUAGGUAAACAAAAGUUUUUUGCAUUAAAGGAAGCGCUUUGACUAUGGAAUAUUACAGAAAUGUUCGUACAUCCUCAUCCCCAACACAACAUAAUAAUAAUAUUAAUAAACGCUUCUUUCGAACGGCAAACUUAAUUCGAGAAUAUAAAAAUUAUCAAUAUUUCGAACGACGUUCAGAUAAUAGUUUAGAUCAUACGAAAAGGAAUCUGAAAGGAACUAAUGUGAAUAGUGAUAUUAUAAAUCAUCAUCAUAAUAAUCUAAAUGAUGAGAAUGCUAAUGCAAAUAAUAAUAAUAAUAAUAAUAAUUUGAUAACAUAUGAACAUUUAAGUGAAUCAUCGUGGAUAGAGUUAGUGCUACCAUUCACAAUAUUGGCUAUAACAAUACUUGCAGUAAUUCUUAUUGCUGUCAUAUUGUUUAUUUGGAUACAAAAAUAUUAUCGUGAGAAACGUGAAAAAAGCCAAAUUGUUGAUCAUAAGAUUCAAUCAAAAAUAUAUUGCACAAAGAAAAAGUGCGAUAGAGUUAAUAAUAAUAACCGUAAUAAAAUGAACAGUCGAAAGUGGUUAAAAGGGAAAUCAAAGAAGAUUGAUAGUCAAAUUGUCAAUGACUUGGAGCAGAAGCUAGAGACAGUUGAGUUUAAAUCCACUCCACCAACAUCGCCAAAUUCACAGAAAUUACAAGAAGAUCAACAGCAGCAAAGUGAUGACGAUGAGGAGGAAACAGAAACAUCUGAGAUUAAUAUUGAGAAGGAAUCGACAAUUAUACCAUGUCCAUUAGCAAUAAGUGACAUAAGUAUUGCAAGCAUAAUUCAGCCACCACAAACGACAUCCUCAUCACUAGCUGCAUCCUCGGAACAGACAUCGCCAUUGUCAUUAUUACAAGAGGAAGUACAUUGCAUACAACCAAAAGAAGAACAAGCAGCAAAAAUUUACAAAUCCAUUGCAACGUCACCACCACCAUUUAGCCCAACCACAAUUCUUCAACAUUAUGCAUCGCAACAUCAUAAAUAUGUCACGCAAGGAACGCAAACGUAUUUUACAAAAGCUCCAAAUAGUCCAAAUAAUUUAUUGAGCUCAUCGUUUGCCGUCCUUCAAACUCCCACGACCUCAUCAUGCACAUCUAAUCCAUUCAUCAUUUCUCCAUCAUUUGAAAAUAAUAAUAAGGAAAAUAAGGAACCAUUUUCAAAACUUCGCAAUAUUUGUCUCAAUAAAACCAUAAGUAGCUUUAAACAUGAUAAUAGUGGUGUUAGUUGUGGAACAAGCAGUUCCGCAUCCUCUCCAUCAUCCGUCAUCUCGACAUCCCCCAAAAUAAUAUCGACAUCGCCAAAAGUUAACACAAAUGUUCUACAGCAACAAAAUUCUCCAAUUAAUCCAUUCAACUCACCCAACAGCUUCAAUUUCUCACCGAAACUCGCAAAUGCCCACACAAAUACUGGAAGUCCACCGAUAUCAGCGACAACACAAAAAGUCGGUAAUUAUUUCCGAUUUCCUGAAAUUGAGACACCGCCUGGCAUAACUAUAGUAACUGAUACUAUCCAGUUGCCAGCACGGAAAUUAUCGUGUCUCGAAAAGCAGCAUUCAACAAACAUUUCAACUGAUUUAACGGAUGUGCCAAUCAUCACGAAAGCAUUUCAGAAUCUUAGUAUGGAAAAUAUUAUUGGUAAAAAUAAUGAUAAGGAGAGUAUAAUAUUAAAGAUUGAUGAAGUUGAUUCGCCGAUUCUAGAAGAGAAAAUGUCACCGUUCUACAGUUGUAAUACAAGAAAUAAUAAUAACGAUAAUAUUGUGAAUAAUAAUAAUAGUGAAAAUACAUUAACAAUACGACGUGCUCGCCUAAAAUCAAUUUCACUUGAUUCGGACGGUGCACGUUUAGUGGAGGAGAAUCUUACAAUGCCAGUGGAGGAGCUCGUUGAGAUUGCAUCGUAUAAUAAUAAGCAAAUAACAGAUUCAGAUAUUGAUGUCGCUGCAGCUAGUUGUGCCAACAAUAAUAAUAAUAAUAAUAAUCGUUUUAACCCAAAGAAUAAAUAUAAUCUAACAAUUAAUCUUGACUUUCGAGACAGUUCAUUGGACAUAACUGAGAAUAGUGACAUAAAUAUGAAUCAAGAAUUUGAUGACGAUGAUGAUGACGAUGAUGAUGAUGAUGAUGAUAUCGGAAAUGAGGGAAUGUGUCGUACGCCAACAAUGAAAUAUUUUGUGAAUAAAAAGGCUGUAUCGCUUGACUCGACAGAAAAUCAGCAAGAGCAUGGAAAUAAAAUGCAACAACAAGCAUUUCCAGGAAAGACAGCAUCAACUGAAACAUUCAAUUAUUAUUUCGGACAGAAUAAUAAAAUGAAUAGUUCUAUAUCGGUGCCAUCAACGCCAAAGCAUCUCACAUCAAAUAAGCUUAAAAUAUCGACAAGUGAAGAUAGAAAUAGCACUGGAGGAGGACAAACUGUUUGUGGACGCUAUAAUCGUAAUAAGUUGGGUAGCUAUGAUGAAAAUGCUGAUAAGCUUCGUGUAACAACUUCUACACAACAUCACCAGCAACAGUUGACAUCGUAUAAGACUAAUUUGACUGCAUCUAUUCAAACACUUAAUAUAAGUUCAAGUAAUUUAAAAACACUUCCGGAAAUUAUGAGUAUAAAUGAUUUUGAUGGAACUCAAUCAACGGCAGCAAAUGUCCCGCGAAUAGGUCCACCGUCGAUUCCGUCAACAUCAAAAAGUGGCAUUUUACAGCGACGUGGAUCAAAUCAUAGUCUGACAUUAAAUUUAGAUGGUAGUUGUGGUAAUUUAACACGUGGAUUAAGUUGUAGUAAUUAUAGUCUUGGUAAUCUUCACGGAUCCCAUUUAAAUAUUGCUGGAUCGAAUUAUAAUCUUCAAGGACAGCCAAAUCAUCGUGUUGUUACCGUCAAGAAGAAUUUACUUCAACGUCGCGGAUCCAACACGAGCUUAACGUUAAAUAUUCAAGGAUCUAAUAAUAAUUUAAAUCGUUUCAAUAGUCACAGUUCACUUAACAUAACUGGAUCAUCACAAAAGAAGGGAUUAUUGGAGAGACGAAACUCAAAUGCAAGUCUUACACUUAACGUACAUAAUCGUGGAUUAUCCAUAAGCAAUUGUAAUCUACGAGGAUCAGAAUGUAGUUUAAGUAGUGUCAAUACAAAUCAAAUGGCUGAAUUGAUGAUGUUGGAACAAGAGGCUGAACAUCAAGAAGCCGAGAAUGAGAAGGAAAAGGCAGCUUCUGAAAAGUAUGCACAACGGAAUCAGAGAAAGUUUUUAAGUUCUGAGAAUCUUCAUAAUAUGCGAUCAUCGACAGCAAUGUCAAUGGCAAAUACUCAUCGACAACAAAGUCAGCAUCAAACGCCAUACGGUUCGAUUGAUAAUUUGAAGCAGGCACAACCAUAUCAUCAUAAUGAGAAAGUUCCAGUCAUUAGCACAAAACCAUUGAGUCCACAAAGUACAUCGGAGGACUUUAAGAUAUAUUUAGCGAAUAUUCAAUUUCUUCAAAGUGCUUCCAAUGUAUUGGACGAAGAGCAUUUAAAGACGCUUAACGAAUUGUUCCAAAAAUCUUAUAAGAAUCAUCCAAAAGAGAAUUUAAUCAGUUCCACUAUGGUUCAUCAUCGACAGUUUAAUAAUGAUGAUAUUCUGAAUAGUAAAAUUGGAUCUGAUGGAACUACAUUAAUUUCAUUUGGAACUGGUGCAACAACAUCGCCUGAUGAAGAUCAAAAGCAGCUACUCAUUAAACUUCAUCAAGAGUUUUGGAACUUGCCAACAAAUUAUCAAGAAAAACCAAUGGUUUUUGGCUCUCAAUCGAAAAAUCGCUACAAAACGAUUCUACCAAAUGAGCAUUCUCGUGUUAUUUUGCAAAGGGAGGAAGGUAUACCGAUAGAACCAUACAUCAAUGCCAAUUUCAUAAAGGGCCCCGACUAUACGACAGAUUGUUACAUUGCAACACAAGGACCCAUGCAAAAUACAGUCUAUGAAUUCUGGUUGAUGGUCUUUCAGAACAUUCAGAAGAAACAUCCAAGUGAUGGAAUUCAAAAGAUUGCAAUGCUUACAGACUUUAUUGAGAGUCAGCGUCAAAAGUGUGCCGUUUACUUUCCAAAAGAGUCAGGCAGCUGUGAGAUAUUCACAAAUUCUGGCUUACCGAAUGAAGAAAAUAUCGUUCGUGAUAGAUUGGAAACGAUUUUAAGUUCAUUGCCGAGUGAGAGCAGUGGUAGCAGCGAACGUGAUGAAGGAAAACAAUUGCCAAAGAUUUCAUUCAACUACUUUAUAAUUAAGAAUAUUGGAUUAAAGCAAAAGAAUGGUUAUUCGAUAAGGAAACUUGCAUUAAUUUAUGGAAAUUAUGAGAUAGAAUCAAUACAGCAAUAUACAGUUUAUCAUUAUUGGUUUCCGGAUUGGCCUGAUCAUCGUUCACCACAAGAUAUUGAUGUACUGUUGGAUAUGAGCUUAGACUUACUCGACGGCGAUUGCACAAAAGAUUUUACGAAAAAUAAUGAAGUUACCGGCAAUAAUAAUAUUAAUAAAAAUAAUAAUAAUUGUAAGAAUCCAUUACCAAUAAUUCACUGUUCAGCUGGAAUUGGUAGAACGGGAUGUCUAGCAGCAAUUUUAAAUGGACUCGGACAAAUUCGUUCUAAUAGUAAUAAUCCAUUGACUGGUGAGGGAACAUCUGUAGAUAUUUUGGGAAUUGUGUGCAAUUUGAGACUUCAGAGAGGUGGAAUGGUGCAAAAUAGUGAGCAAUAUGAGCUCAUUCAUCGGUCUCUGUGUCUCUAUCAACAGAAACUACGUAAGAACUAAAUAUCGAAUGUCCCUGAUUCUUUUAUUUAAAUAAUAUUAUAUACUUGAAUUACAUUGAGAUUUUUUAGAGAAAAAAAAAUUAAAUUACUAUGGACAGAAUUAAUAUUGUAAAUGUAAGAGCUCUGAAAUUGCUCUUUAAAAUAAUUUCUCCUCACCUAACAAACACACGACAAACAUACAUGCAUACACACAUGAAAUGUGAUUUAUUAUUUCUUCAUAACUUUAACUAUUUUUCUACCAUGUUGUAAAGACUUUGUUAUCAUUUUUUGGUCUCCAAUUAGAAGCUUCCAUGAAUGAAUUAAAUGGAAAAUUUUUUAAAAAAAAUUAUUGACAACCUAUAAUAAAAAAAAAGUUUAUUGACAAUGAAAAAAGUUCAGAAUUUAAAAUGUUUCGUGAAAUUUAUUAAGAAAAAAAAAUUGUUUAUUCAAAAAAUGAAUAAAAGUGGAAAUUUUUCAAAUAGAAAUUUAUUGUUGAUAUGAACCGAAAAUAUAGGCACAAAAAUUUUGGUGCAGGAACUUGCUGAUGAGGAAUUAGUAAAAUAUAUUUUCUGAUUUGAAAAUAAAUGGAAUUUUAUCGAAAGAUCUGGCAGGUUAUUUGUUACAAAUUCAUUUUGUAUUUUAAAAAAUUACGCUUAUUGGAGAUUUGAAUCAGUUAUGAAUUCAAACAUUAACAGUGGCAAAAAAGAUUUAAAAAAUUCAAAAUUUAAAAAAAAAAAUAUUUAAAUUUCAACGAUUUUAAGCAGUUUUAAAUUCAAAGCGGGUUUUUUUCACAAAAUUUAAAAUUUAUCCGUUUAAUUUUAUUUAUUGCGAAAAUAAAUGUUUAAGAUUUUAUCAAAUCUCUCAGAAACAACAUAAAUUUGUUCCAUGAAAGUUAAAGAUCUUAAAAAAAAAAAUAAAUAUCUCCCAAAUUUGCCAAGUUCCUGCAUAAAAUUCCAAAAUUGACAAAAAAAAAUUUUACUUAAGUACAUAAGCUCAUGUAUUAAGAAUUCUCUAUUCAAUGAAAAAAAAAUUACAUUUAUGAAUUUUGAAUUAAAGUUAAAGAAUUUAUUUAAAAAACAUUUAAUUAAAGAACGUAUUAUCAGGGAAAUUAUUAUCUUUUAAUCGAGUAUUUUUGGGGAAAUGAUGCUUUUAAAAUUAUUUAAUUGAUUCAGUGAUGCUGGGAUAGUAUCCAUUAAUAGUUGGAUUUGAUGGAUUUAAGUUUAAUCCUUAGAUUUAAUUUUUAUCCACGGAUUAAAUGCAAACCUUUCGAAUAUAUUUUCUAAUUCAUCGGAUUUAUUUAAAUCUUCUGCAAUUACCCCUCCGUUCUCGAAUGUAGCCAGCCCACUGAUCAUCUUUGAAAUCAAAAGUACAUCCCAAAAAUCACGUCUAUGAUUUUAGAAAUUUUUUUUCAUAUUUAAAGAAAGCUUUUUUUAUACAAAAACAAAAAUUGAACCAUAAAAGAUGUUAUUUUUUACUAAUUGACUAGAUGAGAAUUGUAAUACACAUACACACUUAACAAAAUCUAAUGCUUUAAUCUUACCCCGACAAUCGAAAGAAGAAAUUUCAGCAUAAAAUUCGUGCUGAGAUGAGUUUAAAGAAAAAAAAAAUCAUUUCAUUGUGGAUUAGAUAUUUAAAAUGAAAUGACGAUUUUUUAUUUAAAAAUUUUGUGUAAUAAUUUCAUUUUAAAUAACCGUGCUUAAUAUAUUGAUUAUGAGGCAUGAAAAAAAAAUUAUAUUAGUGAAAUAUGAAUUACAAGUUUAAAUUAAAUGUAAUAAAAAUAUGAUGUUGCAUUUCCACAAAAUAAUCCUUAACUUUUGUUUAAUUUCUAUCAUUUUCAGGUGUCUAAAAUCAC